AUGUAAACACACUUUAUAUUACACACGUUCUUAUCAACACUUUAACUGUAAGUUUGAAACAUCCAUUUAGUGUUGACAGGUCAGAACAUAUAGCAAAUUUAUUUACUACUGUAUACCCUGUAAGGAAAUAGAUUUAUUUUCCACAAGCCACUAAUUUUAAAACCUGUUUGCAGAUUUAAUAUCAUGUCACCUGACUAAGAAGUAUUAAAAUUCCAAUGUCACGUGACAAGCGAAGUCAAUAAAUACUGCAAUUGUUGAUUGAACAGGAUCAAAAAUCUUCUUAAGUUGUGACAUGGAUGUUCCUGGCAAAACGGCGCAUAAAUCAUUUGCGUCAUCAAUGAAAUCCUUGGGCUCUAGCGAAGAUUAUGAAAUUUAUUGUCAGCCUUGUGAUCGCAAUGGACCAAGACUUCCUGCCUAUGGCUUUUGUACAGACUGCAAGGAACACCUUUGUGAGUCUUGUUUUAAACAUCACAAGCGGCAUACCCUUUCAAUGCAUCAUAAUCUGUUAGAUAAAAACAACAUGCCUCAAACAAUGCAACUAUCUUCUGCACCUGUUCAUACAAGACAGCUUGACAAUCUUACAACACCUUGUCAAAAGCACACAAAGGAAGUGAUCAAGUUCUUCUGCCAUGACCAUAAGGCACUUCUAUGCAAUGCAUGUGUUACCCUUGAACACACAGGGACCACAUGUAAAGUGAACUACAUACCAGACAUUGCUGGUCAGAUCAUUGAUAGCAAAGAGUACAAAGACAUCCUUAAAGACAUUGAUACCAUAACUGACCAAUGUAACAAAAUGUCGGAAGAUUUGAAGAAACUUACAGCAAAAUCUAACAGUUCUUUGGCAGAUGUGUUGAUAAGUAUUAAGAAGUUUCGGAAAGAAAUUAACCAAAGGCUUGAUGUACUGGAAAGACAAGUAGAAAACGCAGCGAAAGCCAUCCAACUAGAGAAUGACAAGAAUUUUAAGUCAGUAGCAACAACAUGUGAUGAUGUAACAAAAUCUCUGAAGAUAUCAGCUGACUCAAUCAAACAUCUCAAUACAUCAAAGCAAGCAGACAGAUUGUUCAUGGAGCUGAAAUUAGCUGAGCAAAUGAUCAAGGAUUAUGAGAAAUCUGUACAGCAGGCAUCUACAUAUGAUGUUAAGGAAUAUAACUUUAAUUCAAACAACACAAUAUCAACCUUUCUUAAAACACAGAAGUCUCUUGGUUCAUUAGCACAGACAACAAUUGAAACUAAAAUCUGUGUAUCAACACCAAAAGAUAAGAAUAUGUGUAGGAUAACAGGAAUGACUCUCCUUCCUAAAAAUCAUCUUAUCAUUGUAGAUAGCAGUAACAAAGCCAUAAAAAUUAUGGAUACACACAGUCACUUUAUUACUGAUCAGUUACAACUAGAUUUUUCUCCUCUUGAUGUCACUGCAGUUACCAGUACUGAACUUGCUGUCACACUGCCUUGGAUAGAAAAAAUUCAGUUUGUAUCAGCUAUCUCGAACAAUCUCGCAAAAAAACAAACGCUGAAUACAGAUGGAAAAUGCUCGGGUAUCAGCUAUUACCAAGGGAAACUUGUUGUGUCAUUUGAGGAUCUUUCAAAACUCCAAAUUCUUAAUACCAAUGGCACUGUUCUAAAAACUGUGCAAGCAAAUUUUCUUUCAAACAUCUUUGGGACAACUAUUUUCAGAAAACCUUGCUAUGUCAAAUGUAGCCAGAAUGGUAUCUACAUAUCUGACUCGGAACUGAAAAGAGUUGUAAGAUUAAACUGGGAGUGUGAGAUGAUUGGUAAUUAUGGUGGUAUGUCUAUGCCUAACGGUAUAAGUGUAUCAGAUGAUGGAAGUGUCUUUGUAUGUGACAGUGUGAGAUAUGUUAUAGAGAAGAUAUCAGGUGACUUCUCUACAGGAAAGGUUGUGCUGAAGAGUCUGAAGGAUCCACAUGCUGUUUGUUGGUGUGCUGAAACAAGUACACUGUAUGUAAGCUGCGAUAGUUGGAAUGAUCAAACCAGCAACUUUAUUCGUCGUUUCUCCAUUCAUAGUUUUAAGUAGUCUUAAUUAAAACAGACAUUUUUCAUAUCUUAAUUUACAUAAACUGUAAUAAGAGCAGUGCCAAACAAUGCAUACGGGACCCGUUAGGGAGUAGAAUGUUUUGUCAGGACAAGAAAAGUAAUGUUUUAUUUCACUCACAUAUGUUGCAAUAAAUACAAUGACAUUAUUUUUUCCGCAGAAAUAGUCAUUACAUAAAUAAAAACAUUAAAAGUCUGUUAUGAAAACAA